CCUGUUAGUUCGGCGUCUUUGGCUGAUACCAAAGAAAAACAGCUUGAUCCCAGUAAGUUGAACGACGCCAUUGCUGCUGCUGGUGUCGAUAUCCAGCGAGAGGAAGAAUUGUUGACCAUACAGCAGACUCGUACUACUGAUGUUUCCAGAGAUCUUAGGCAGUUUUUGAGAUCUUCGAAACCCCCAGCAUUCUUGAAUCCGUACCAUGUAGCAUCUUUCAUGAAUAGAGUGGCCCGUGAGAAUGGAGUCCAGCAAAACUUUCUUCAGGACGGCGACCUCUUAGAGCUCAUGUCAGCUCUGUGCGAAAUGUGGUUGUCGUCCAUUUUGGGUAAGACCGUCUUGUUGUCGCGCCAUCGUCGUCGUGGUAUUCCACAGCCUACGAAUGCCAAAAACGGUAAAAAAGCGUCUAGCAACGCCAAUUCAGCUCCAAGAUCUGAAUUGUCAAAGGAGUUGAGAAACUUGGCAGUUAGACAGAAAGAGCUAGAAGAAAGAAGAAUCAGCAAGAGAAUAAUGUUGGGUUUGGAAAAAAAUGGUGCGGAUCCUGAUGGAGACCAAAACGGAGACUCCAAGGCUGGAGCUGAAGAGACUUUACACAGAGCUGCCAAUGCCACAGCAGCCAUGAUGACUAUGAAGACCGGUGUCAAGAAGUACUCAUGGAUGACAUCUACUUCGUCGGCUGGUGCUGAUACUGCCAAGGCUGGCGCGGAUACCGAAAAAGGAAAGCAGAGUGCUCUUUUGUCCGUGAGAGGUGACAAUGGCUUGAGAUUUAGAGAAAUCAGAUCAGGCAACACCAUCACCAUGAAGGAUAUCUUGGGAGCUAUUGAAGGCGAAAGAAUGGGAACGCAGAGGGCCAUCAUCAAAGGUUACGCCAAGUUGAAAGAUUAA